AUUGUAAUACUCUGGUUAUACUGUGCAAUGCUCUGCCAAACGCCGCUUAAACCCGUGUAAUAUCUGAGAUCGGAUUAAACGAUUUGUAAACUGAUGAAGGAUCUCGGCCCGUAACGUCAACUUUUAUUGCUUUGCAUAGAGGCUGCCUGACCUGUCCACUUAGGUCUGGUCGAUCCCCUGAUAUCUCUCUCUCUCUCUCUCCCUCUCUCUCUCUGUCUCUCUCUCUCUUUCAAUCUCUCUCUCUCUCUCGCUCUCUCUCUCUCUCUCUCUCUUUCAAUCUCUCUCUCUCUCGCUCUCUCUCUUUCUCGCUCGCUCCCUCUCCCCCCCAUCUCUCUCUCUCAAUCUCUCUCUCUCUCCCCCUUCUCUUGUCUCUUCUCUCUCUCCCUCCCUCCGUCCGUUCUCCCGUCCACCCUAUCGCUCUGCUUCAGUCGCGGAACCGUUCUUUGGGAUUCUCGUCUCGAACUUCCGCCGCCUUCCAUCGGGGAAUUUAACAGCGACAGAUUAUAAACACAAGAGAUGCUGCAGAUGUAAGAACGAGGUCACUGGGAUAAGGCAGACCCUGGACAAACGACAGAGAUGAGGUGGUAGGGAGGCGGUAGGAGACAGAGUCAAUCUCGGCUGCUGCGAGUCGAGUUCACCCGAGGAAACGGCGACUGGACAAAGCGUCGCAAAGUUUGAUCUAUUCACGUAAGGACAAGCGAGCCGUGCUGCUAGCGAUCUACUGGAGAAGAGGACUGCCAGACAUUGAUCCUUAGGAGUUAAGUGAUUCCACCGCCAAGUGAUUCACUGGUCCGCACGCACAACGAUCUACUGGACAAGUCAACCAGCGAACAAGCAAACUCAUCAGCCACUGAUGAAGCCAGAUGUGGGCAGUCGUGGUGCGAUCACUCGAGUCGAAUACGUUGUUCUCCUAUGGAGUGGCCCACAGCCUGUGCGUGGUUUGUUUAACGUGGGGAGGCUGAUGCAUAUCGGAGUCAGAAUCCAGUGACUUGGAAUGCGAGACGAUUGGGGACCCCUCCCUGCUUCUGCCUUCCUCCACCUUCACUACCCUUGUGAUGCCAUCAUCUUGUGCCAGCUCCACCGUCGGGGUUGGGUGACACUUUGUCUGGGCGAGCCUACCAGCAGCUACGCACCAGAUGGCAUCUCCCAUGGGGUCCCGGCAUCUCACAAGCCUCUCCAUCACAACUGAGGUGACAAUCCUCGGAGAAGAUCUAUUGGGAGAAUGACAUACAGCCAAGAUGAUCGACUGGACAGGGUGACCCAUGGAUUAGAUGAUCUGCUGGAUGUGACCCAUUGGCCGGACAACGAACCAGCGACGUGACCCAUGGAGUACAUUAUCAACCCGAUGUGACCCACUGAUGGAGUGAUGCCCUGGGAAAAUGAUCUGUGGGACAAUUGAUCUUAGAAAGAAUUGAUGAUGUGUCCCUCUUGCCUGAGGGAUAAAGAAAUAGUUGAGAGUUUUUCACUUGCUACAUUUGAAAAGUGUUUUAAGGACAGGGCAAUUGCAAAGGAGAUCCUAAAUCUGGAAGUCUCCUGUCUCAACCAGGGCUGCACGUGGACUGGUCCACUGAGGGAACGAGAGACGGAACACAAGAUGACUUGCGAGCAAGGUCUCCGGAGGUGUCCCUUCAGUGUUGUCGGCUGCAAACAGCUGAUCCCUGGUCAGAAGAUCGACGAACACAUGCAGAACUCUGUCCCACACCAUCUGAACUGUGUCCUCCAGAGCAUACAGGGAUUCCGGAAAGAGUCCGGUGAGUCUCCCAGCCUGGAUGGAAUGUUUGGGAAUCGGAAAGAGAUGGCCUUACAGCCCAGCCAGUUGCUAAAGCAGAAGACACAGGGCAAGGAUGCCCAGGAAGAUCUGAAAGUAAAACUACAGACUUUUGAAAACAUUGUCACAGUGCUAAACCGUGAAGUGGGACACACAAUAAAUACGGUUGAAAAGCAGGAGAAAUUGAUAAAGGAGCAAGACACAGUGAUUGCACAGCUAAAGAACAAGGUACGACAGAAUGAGAAAUCAAUUUGCCUCAAGGAUGUGGUGAUUGCUAACCUCCAGAUGCGCCUUGAAGUCCUGGAGAACACUUCAUAUGACGGCACUUUGGUCUGGGAAAUCUCUGACCUCAGUCAGAGAAUGCAAGAGGCCAUCGAUGGGAGGACUCCCUCCAUCCUCUCCCCACCGUUCUUCACUGCUCACUGCGGCUACAAGCUGUGUCUGAGGAUGUACCUGAAUGGUGACGGACUGGGGGCACACACACACCUCUCUCUAUUUCUGGUCAUAAUGAAGGGCAAAUACGAUCCCAUUCUGGAGUGGCCAUUCAGCAAGAAGGUGACCUUUAAGCUUUUGACUCAGCAGGACAGAAGCCUCCAGAUGGUGUCGGCCUUCAAGCCGGAUGUCAGCUCUCCCUCCUUCCAGAGGCCCACCCAGAUCAUGAACGUGGCCAGCGGCUGCCCACAGUUUCUGCCCCUCGCUCACCUCCGCUCUAACUGGCACUCCUACGUAUGUGAUGACACCAUGUUCGUCAAAGCUGUCAUAGAGCCUUAGCACUCUGUUUCCAUGACAACCUUGGCGGAGAAGGCACAGACCUCAGGACUUAGCAAGGGCCCCACUACGACAGAUGUGGUGGCUGCCUGGGAAUACGCAAUGAAGCUGCCUCCCAGAGUCGGCACCGUCCUCCAACCCUGGAACUUUGAAUUGCACUUUUGUCACACAUACAGAAUUAAUUUUAUUACUGCGAUGUUAGAAAUUUAUAUUUUUUAACCUAAUGUAAAUUAUAUUAAUGAAUAUUUUUCUAGCUAAUGCUUGGAUGAGGAGGCGAGAAGCCUUACAUGUGAAUCGUCAACAUUUGAUGGGUUAAAGGGUCUCAUGCUGCCACUCGGCCUCUCAAGUCUGUCCCACCAUUCAAUAUAAUCAUGGCAGAUCUGCACCAAACUACCUCCUCUCCUAUGCCAGUUCCCCAAGGCACUUAAGUUGUUUAUCUACCUCCUCUUGCAAUACGCCUGGGUGAUGUGGUCACGCGUUCAGCUUUUUGGUCUGUUCAGACCCCAUGCUGAGGUGCAGGGAACACAGUGAGCCCAAUAUUUCUCACUUGCAAUCCCGGGGCACGGAGCCAAUGAGUUGAGGUGCUGUCUGUAUGUGGAGUUUACAUGUUUUCACAGAUUCAGAGUCAUACAACAUGGAAGCAGGCCCUUUGGCCUGGCUUAUUCAUGCUGACCCAGGUGUCUUCCUGAGCUAGUCCCUAUUGCCUGCAUUUAGCCAUAUCCCUCAACUGAUUUCCCCUUUGUCCAAUAAAGGAAAUGGUGAUCAGGAUAGGCGUUAGGGUUGGGCUUUGAUUACUUUUUGGAUCGAGAAUGGUCUUGCAGUCAGUGGGAGAGACCUUGUUGUUUUAAUCUUUGAAGCAAGUUCACAGAGGGUUGUCUGUCGGGACAACGCAGAGGGCGUGAGAAAUUUCACAUCCAAAGGCGGUACACUCAAGUACCAGUCAUUUAUUGCAUGGGUAACUUCCAGCCUGACUGAUGGGGGAUUUACCCACUUAUCUUCCUUGUGGCAUCAUUUUAUACCACAUUUGCUUUAUGAACGUAUUGAGAUUACGUCAAUGGUUUGAUGUUAACAUUUAUUAUUUACAUAUUGCAAUAUUAAAACACUAAACAUUUUUCUUAAUUAUAAAUGUGUUAUUGAGUCAUCGAACACUACAGCAGAGAAACAGGUCUUUUGGCCCAUCGGGUCCCUGCCCAACUACUAAUCUGCCUAAUCCCAUUAACUUGCACCAGACUAUACUCCUUUAUACCCCUCAUUUAAGAGAAAUUGGAUAGGUACAUCCAUGUAUCUAUCCAGUUUCUCUUAAAUGUUACAAUUGAACCUACAUCCACAACUUCCACUGGCAGCUCCUUCCACAUUCUCACCAUCCUCUGAGUGAAGAAGUUCCCCCUCAUGUUUCUCUUAAACAUCUCACUUUUCACCCUUAACUCCUGAUCUCUAGUUCUAGUCUCACCCAUCCUUAGUGGAAAAAAACCUGCUUACAUUUACUCUAUCUAUCCCCCUCAGAAUUUUGUAUACUUCUAUAAAAUAUAUCCUCAUUCUCUUAUGCUCUAGGGUAUAAAGUCCUAACCUAUUCAACCUUUCCCUACAACUCAGGUCCUCGAGUCCCAGCAACAUGCUCGUAAAUCAUCUCUGUACUCUUUCACUCUUAUUGACAUCUUCCCUGUCGGUAAGUGACCAAAACCUCACACACAACUCCAAAUUGGGCUUCAGCAACUUUGCAUCUGCAUUGAAAAACUUCAAGAUAACAUUCCAACUCCUGCACUCAGUACUUUGAUCUAUGAAGGCCAAUGUGCCAAAAGCUUCCUUUAGAAACAGAAUCAGAAUCUGAUAUCACUGGCAAAUGUCAUGACAUUUGUUAACUUUUGCAGCAACAGUACAAUGCAAUACAUGAUAAUACGUUUGUAUAUGGGGCAAAACUGUGAAUUAUAUCGAAUAGUUAAAUAAAGAAUGCAAAAACAGAAAUAAAAAAAGU